AUGGGGGUGAUCUUCUUAUCACAAACAAUUACAGGAAUCCUGGGGAAUCUCUCUCUUCUUUCCCAUUAUUUCUACCUCUAUCUCACCAGAUGCAAGUUUAGGCCCACAGACUUGAUCAUCAAACACCUGACUGUAGCCAACUGGUUAGUCAUUCUCUCUGUAGGAGUUCCCCAAAUGAUAGCAGCUUCGGGGAUGAAGCAUUUCCUCAGUGAUAUUGGGUGCAAACUUGUGUUCUAUGUGCACAGAGUGAGCAGGGAUGUGACCACCUGCAACACCUGCCUCCUGAGUAUCUCCCAGGCCAUCACCAUCAGUCCUGAGAACCCCAGGUGGGCAGAAUUUAAAGCAAAGGCUCCCAAAUACAUUGGCCCUUUCAUUAUACUCUUCUGGAUAGUCAACAUGAUAUUGAAUAUCCUGGUACCUCUGUACGUAUAUGAGAGAACAACCAACAAAAAUGUCACAGAGAAAGUUGAUCAUGUGUACUGUGUCUCUGUGAAUCCUGGAGAAUUCAUAGAGUUUCUGUAUGCAGCUGUAGUAUUUUUCCAAAAUGUUCUUUUUGUGGGCUUCAUGCUGGGUUCCAGCAGCUACAUGGUUUUCACCCUGUACAGACACAAGCAGCAGGUCCAAUACAUCCAUAGGACCAACGUCUCCUCCAGGUCCUCCCCAGAAUCCAGAGCCACACACAGCAUCCUCAUCCUGGUGAGCACCUUUGUGUCUUUUUGCAUUUUCUCCUCCAUCCUUCACAUUUGCUUGACUGUUUUAAACAAUCACAGUUUGUGGCUGGUAAACAUCGCUGCACUGAUCACUGGCAGUUUCUCAACUGUGAGCCCCUACGUUCUCAUGAGCCAUGACUCCAGACUGCCCAGGCUCUGCUGUGUCCCCACAAGGAAUACAGAAUCCUCUACUUAG